AUGUCCAACGGUUCUACCAGUCAGCCGAUAGCCGGCAUUCACACCUUUAACCUGCCAUCAGUGUGGCUUGGUGACAUCGCGUUGUGGCUGCGCACUGUAGAGUCACGAUUCGCUCUCCGUCAGAUCACACGAGAGGAUACCAAAUUUCACUAUGUUGUGGCAGCACUCCCAAUGGACAUCGCCACCGACCUCCGCGACAUCAUAGAUUGCCCGCCCACAGAAGCCCCUUAUACUGCCCUAAAGGAGGCUCUCAUUUUCCGCAUUUCCCUCUCAACGCAAAAACGUCUCCAACGUUUAAUUUCUGAGGAGGACCUCGGUGACAGGAAGCCAACGCAGCUUCUUAGGCGUUUGGAGCAGUUGGCAGACGGACAAAAGCUGGAUGUCACCAUGUUCAAGCAACUUUUCCUCCAACGGUUGCCUUCGUCUGUGCAAGCCAUCCUUGCGCCUAACAUUCCUUCUUCGACUGUUCAGAUGCCCGCAGACUGCUGA